CGGCAGAGCAGAGUGUGAGUGUAUCUGUGAAUCGCUCCCAAGUGCACUCAGACCACACCAGACAACACUCGGUUAACGGAGGGUUGCACACGUUAGGAGCAAAACGCAUUGGAAGGACUUAAGGAGCUCCGCUGCAAGGCGCAUGACGGGCAGCGGGUGAAGGAUGCUGUCAAGCCGCUCUGUAGUAGUGGAGAGCGGGUAGUGCAUGCCGCGCUGCUCCGGGAUCAGUUCGCGUAAACGGACGCCCCGGUUCACCGGUUCCCGGUUUGGAGAGCCGUGUUUGUGGACUUUUCAUCACACUGGACUUUUGGCUACGUGCCUGUUCAGUAGAGAUUUUGAAGGACAUCGGUGGGCAGUAUUUAUUUAAAGAACAUUGUCCCCUCAAAGCUACAUAGGUAGUUUUGACUUUACGGCUCCACUUGGACUUUUUUUCCUUGUUUCCAAUUUUGGACCUUAUUCAAAAAGUCGCUCUUGGACAUUUGACUUUGGACUGGAAUAAUUAACUAGCUGAAAGAAAAUUGCCAUAUUUUCGAUCGAUCCAAUUAUUUUAUUUUGUUAGACAUUUGUUUUUGUGACAUGUUCGCACCGAAGAAAGGCGCACAGACAAACUUUGGAAUAUGGUAGGUCACUUAUGAAGCAAGUUUAAUAACAGUGCUUUAUGUUUGUUUGUGUAAUCAAAGAGAAAGAAAAUAGCAGUCAAGUGCAGGCAUACAUAAGACAGCAGAGUCCCAGUUUACGUGCGUAUUUGGACACAGUCUGUCCUCUCUUCCUUACGCGUCUUUUGAGAAGUUGAAAAACAAAAACAAUUGAUUCCCAACAAUUAGAACUUAUCCUGUGAUUUUAACAUUUAAUUUUGAUCAGUAGAGUCAUACAAACAUUUAAAUAGUUUAUUGUAUUUUUUUGUUUAACUUUUUGCUCUUAGAGACAGACAGAAAAAACAGAGUGGUCCGAUGUCUGGCAAACUGGCCGUCAUGUGGGAUUGAUUGCAGGGGAGUAUGUUUGGGCUGGAGCAGUUCGGUUCUCAGAUUAAUAGCAGAAACCCUGGCCAGUCGGAGAGAAACAUAAACCACCCGAGACUGAACAUGGGCUCCCAUUAUAAAAGCCCAGGUUUUCACGCUGGAGGCCCACCAGGAGCCGUGGAGCCCGGAAUGGGUCCUCUGAGCGAGCCGCAAAUGCUCGGGCUCAAUAUGAACAUUAACGGAGAGCAGUACGGGGGCUUUCACCCACGGGGCCACUCGGAAAUGCAUGCAGGCGGUGGACUGCAGCAGCAGCAGCAGCAGCAGCAGCAGCAGCAAGGACCCAUGCAUGGAUUUUUUAACAACCAGCAACCUCAUCAAGGACAUCCUCAUGGCCAUCAACCUCACCCCCACCAACCUCACCCUCAUUUCAGUGGGAAUUAUGGAGGUCCAGAGCCAGGGUCAUCUUGCCUGCAUGGUGGCAGGCUAAUGGGCUACAACAACAAUGGCAUGGGACCACAGCAGGGCUUUGGAGAAGGAUUUGAUCCUCUCUCUGAGGGGCAAGCAGGCGAUGGCUUUCCCCAGCAACAGCAGCAGCAACAGCCGCAGCAGCGGCCUGGUAACAUGCCUGAUUUUCAACAUCACGGGCCGCCCAGUGGUAGCCAUGCUGUCCCUGCUCCCUGUCUACCCCUGGACCAGUCCCCUAACAGAGCAGCAUCCUUCCAUGGUCUCCCAUCCUCCUCGUCCUCGUCAUCUGAGUCUCAUGGCCUGGAGCCUCGGCGGAUGCCCAACCAGGGAGCAGUAGAGGGAUUAGAGUAUAACUUUCCAAGUGAGCCUCCAUCUGGACAUUUUGAUGUACAUGUAUUUUCCCCAUCAGAAUCAGAAUCUCAGUUACCCCAUUUUGGUCCAGGAAGGCCAGUUCCAGGCGCUAAUUUCCCAGGGAACCCUGGCAUGCCACGGACACCAGGUAUGUCGGGCAUCUCUAAGGGACACCAGCCGCCACAGCCUCAGCAGCCACAGCAGCCUCAGCAUCCUCAGCAUGGAGUGUUUUUUGAGCGUUUUGGAAAUGGCCGGAAGGUGCCUGUGGGAAUGGAGACGGGGGUCAAUGCAAGGCAUCCCCUCAUGCAGCAGCAACAACAGGCCGGCUUGAUAGCCAGACAGAAUUCAUGCCCCCCUGGCCUCCCCCGACCCCCUCAGGCUGAGCCCGGCCCUACUAACCCUAACAUUCUAGAUGGAGGGGUCAUGAUGCCUGGCCAACACAACCAGUUUGAAUAUCCCAUUCACAGACUGGAAAAUAGAGGUCUGCACCCCUAUGGGGACCCCAUGUUUAAUAUGCAACAGCCAGCUCCUCCUCCCUCCCAACAGCCCCCAAAUCAGCGACUGCAACACUUUGACUCUCCUUAUAUGAACAUGGCGAAAAGGCCAAGAUUUGACUUUCCUAAUGCACAUGGCGGUGAAGGCUGGUGUGGGGGUAUGGAUAACCACCUCUCUCCCUCUGCCUACCCUGGCCUGCCUGGAGAGUUCACCCCACCUGUGAGUGACGGUUUCCCACCAGGUCCCCUGCAACAUCCAGGACCUGAGCAGCAGUCCCUGCAGCAGCGGCAGAAUGCAGCCAUGAUGAUAAAACAGAUGGCUUCACGCAACCAGCAGCAAAGGAUGAGGCAGCCCAGUCUGCAGCAGCUGGGCCACCACGGUGAAGUACCUCCUGGCCCAAUGGCUCACGGAGGACCAGUCGGGAGCAUGCCUCAGCCCAACUUUGACAGGGAGAAUGCUGGCAGAAUGCCCAACAUUGAUGGACAAAAUCCUCAUGUAACUCAGGAGAACUCCUGGUUCCAAGGUUCCCACCCACCAGGGGAGAUGAUGUCACGGCGUAUGGGUGGAGCGGGUAAUGAAUCAGGGCCCCACGACAUGGGGCUACAGCAGAACGGUGCUGGAAUGAUGUUUAGGCCUGGCAUGGGCAUGCAAGACCCCAUGAGAAUACAAGGAGAUGGUCAUGUACAGGCUCUCCAUUCCCCGGGCAUUCACUCACAAUUCAGUGGGAACAUGGGCAACCUCUCUCAAAUGCAGUCUCCAGGAGCAGGGACAGGGCAUCCGAAUGCACCAGCAGAGAGGCGGCCAGCUGACUUCCCUGCACCUCCAAUGGGAGCACAGCCAACAUUUCCCUAUGUGGGGGCUAACCGUCAGGGGCAAGCCCACAGUGCUCCCCAGGGGGUGAACACCUCACCAGGGAGCUACCCUCCUCAGUCUGAGUUCCCCCCAGGCCAGCGGUCGUCUGUUAGUAAGCUUGGAGCCCUGUCCCUCGGGAACUUCAGCAAAACCAGUGCUAAAGACAGUGUUUUCGGCCAGAGCUGCCUAGCGGCCCUUUCCACGGCCUGCCAGAACAUGAUCGCUAGCCUAGGGGCCCCCAAUCUUAACGUAACAUUCAACAAGAAAAACCAAAAUGAGGGCAAGCGAAAACUCAGUCAGACAGAGCAGGACAUUAAUAGCAGCACAUCUAAUGGGACUGGCAGUGCUGGACCUGAAUAUUUUCAGAGCAGCACUUCCCAGAACAGCCAGAUACCUGGCACUGGGAAUAGCAACUCUAAGCCUGUAAGUCAAAGCCAGACGGUGCAGGGGGAAGCCAGUGCCCUCUCCCCAAAUUACAACAUGGACGCUACCCCGUGCAGUGAGGGGAAAGCAACAACAGGGAGUGGAAGAGGGAGAGGAAGGAGAAAAAGAGACAGUGGACAUGUGAGCCCUGGAAUUUUUUUUCCCCCUGACAAUGGUAACCCUGUUGUAAGUCCAGGCCAGCAGACCCCCUCUGCUGGCAUUGGGGAGAGGGGUGGGGGCACGCCCCACGAGAAACACCUCCAAUCACCGUCUUGGGGAAAAGGAGGCGACCUAAUGUUGGGGGACCAGGCCGACCUUAUGUCUUCAUUGGACAGUGGCAUUCAAAGUGUUGCUAAGUCUGACAGUAGCUCACCACGAGUGGACUUUCCUGACGAUGUCAGCACCCACUAUGGUAACGAAGAUGAGGUUUCCUCAAGCUCAGAUGCAGGAGGUGCCUCAGCCAUCAAGCCCAAUCGCAGCCCUAUGAUCACCGGCUCACCCAAAAUGCCUAGAAGUGACCAUGGGUUGAUUAAUGGACAAAAGCCCCUUGGCAUGGGCAUUAACAAUCAUACUACCUCGACACCAGACAGUUAUGGACUUAAUGCUGGUGGGGGCACAGGGGCCAGUGGGGUGAGCCACCCGAGCACUCCUGGGGUGGAGCAGGUACGCACCCCAUCCAGCACCUCUGGCCAGGAUGAAAUCCAUCCUCUGGAGAUUCUGCAGGCCCAGAUCCAGCUCCAGCGGCAGCAGUUCAGUAUCUCUGAGGACCAGCCCCUGGCUAUGAAAAAUGGCAAAAAGAAUGGUGACUGUCCCUCACAGAACGGAGACAAUGAGCUGGCAAGCUGCAGCCCGGAUGCUGGGAAGGGCUCAAUGGGCACUAUUGACCUUGACACCCUCAUGGCAGAGCAGCACGCCACCUGGUACGUGCCCAGUGACAAGGCCAUGAUGGACGGGUCAGAGGAUGACAAGGCCAUGGGACCAUGGGAAAAAAAUAAGAGCCAAAACAGCAGCAAAGAAGAAUCAGAGCUGACCCAGAGUAAGGCUGGAGCCGCGGCCCCAGGUGGAGGAGGAGGAGGUGGAGGAGGUGGUGGAGGUGGAGGAGGAGGAGGAGGAGGAGGGAGCAGUGGAGGGAACCACCUGCAGUGCCUGUCAGUCCACUGCACAGACGAGCUGGGGGACAGCAAGGGCCGAGGGGGGCCCGUCUCGUCCUGGCGCUCUCUCCACUCUGAUAUAUCCAACCGAUUUGGGACUUUCGUGGCGGCACUGACUUAAUACAAACAGCAGGCCCAGCAGGAAGAAGAUAAAGAAGAUAAAAACAAAAGAAAAGCUUCAGAGACAAACAAUGAUGUUGAGGAUGAAGAAGAUGAUAAAGUGUUGAUGAGGCAAUGGCGAGCAACUCCUGCCUGUUCAGGGACAGAAAGACAUUUACACUCCUAAAUGCUAACAUGACUACAGACACUCACUCUAUCACACACACAAACACACACACAAAUACCAUGUUUUUACUGAUACGUGCAGUCACACUUUAGGAAUCUUACACAAUGUUGGACAAAUGCAGCGCGGGCUUUACUCAACAAUGCCCACAUCUGGAAAACCUCAAAUCAAUAUUAUUUUUUAUUUUCUUUGUUGAAAUGUCAAAGGAGGAGAAUACAAACACCAGAAAAAGAAAUAUUCAGUUGUCAUUGGCUUUGAUUGUAUACAAGCUUUGAGUUUUUUGAUGCGACCAUGAUGUCAUGACUUUUACUCGGUUGCUUAUUACAGCCUACCUGCCCUCACCUCAGUUAUGGUUACAUAUUGAAUGUGUAUUUUAUCACCAUCCCCUGAGUUUACAUCUUCAAAAUACACACAGAAAUUGAGAUCUUCCACCUCAGACUCACAUGAGGCCUACUGGUUUGUUAGAAUUGGCCUUAGCAAAAUGGGCAGAGUGGUUUUGCAUGAAUGUAACUCAACUCCUUUUUUGCAAGAUUUUUCCUUCCUUGUCUAAGAAAGAUUUAACGUCUAUCAUUUGCUGCUCUUAAUCAUUUAUGAUUUGUUAAAUAGUUGCAAGAAUAACCCUCAUUCUCUCCUCUCAUUCACCUCUACUAUCACCCUUAUGAGCUCAAUCGCUUUCAUACAAGUCAGCCAAUGGGAACUGAAAAUGGAGGUCAAGGGAUUGUUUAAUAAGGGAAUUGAAAAAAAAAAGACUAUUGGUAUUGCACAUGUAUAAUAAGAGAAAAUUUGCUGUGUGUUAGGCAAUCUUGUAAUCUUUAAAUAAAGCUUCUGUUGAAUUUGAAUUUCUGAAACAAUAGAUGGAGGGCUGUGACGGCAAUUUACAAACUGAUUUUUGUUUCUUUUUUUUCUUUUUUUAAUAAUAUGUAAAGUGCAGUCGUCUGUUUUCCUGCAUAUUGUAUAUAUCUGUAUAUGUUUUAUUGAGUAACUAAAUAACAAUAAAUAUGACGUUAAAGGUG